CACACACACACACGCACACGAUUUUGAAUCAGGCACAAGUUGGGCAAGCCUCACUUGAGGGAAACAUGUGGGGUCCUUUUACUUCACGUGUGCGUCGCGGGAAGCAACCAUGCCUAAGUCGAAGAGGGACAAGAAAAUUUCUUUGACGAAAACAGCCAAGAAGGGACUCGAGUCCAAACAGAAACUAAUAGAGGAGUUACGGAAAUGUGUCGAUACCUACAAAUAUUUGUUCAUCUUCUCUGUGGCUAACAUGAGGAAUAAUAAACUGAAAGACAUCAGGACAGCCUGGAAACACAGCAGAUUUUUUUUUGGAAAAAACAAAGUCAUGAUAAUCGCAAUUGGGAAAGGAGAAACCGACGAAUAUAGGGACAACUUAUGCCAGGUCAGCAAGCAUCUCCGAGGUGAGGUGGGAGUGCUUUUCACGAAUAAAACUAAGGAGGAGGUGCAAGAGUAUUUCAGUCAUUACAGAGAGAUGGAUUAUGCACGGUCAGGAAAUCGGGCUCAGAUGGAUGUAACUCUGGACGAAGGUCCUUUGGAGCAGUUCACUCACUCCAUGGAGCCUCAGCUGAGGCAGCUAGGCCUCCCUACUAUGCUCAAGAAGGGUGUGGUCACACUAUUGAAGGACUACACGGUCUGCAAAGCCGGCGAUGUCCUCACCCCUGAACAAGCUCGUAUUCUGAAAUUGUUAGGUAUCGAGAUGGCAGAGUUCCGAGUGACGAUCAAAUGCAUGUGGAGUUCUGAAACGGGCGCUUUUGAGAUCCUGGAGGGCGAGGAAGAGCCUAUGCGGGACAUCAAGGAGAUUGAAAAGGAAAAGGAUAACAAGUGAAAUAAGACUGUGCAGGUUUUUGUUUGUUUCUUCAUCUUGUUUUUAAUUUUUAAACCUCACAUCAGGAUUUUGAAAUCAUCUGCACCCUCCACCCCCCCCCAUCCCAAAAUACAUGGACUGACAUCUUUCAAGUUGACUUUAGCUCUGGUCUGAAAUGUUGCUCAGAAGAUUACUUAUUUGGUUGGAGAAAUGUUUUGUAUAACGUGUACCAACCAAGCAAGUAAUUCACAGUGAAAAUCUGAAAAUGAAGUGUCAUACAUUUUAGAAAAAUAGACUGUGUGCUGUACAAUUGAUCUUACAACAAAAUGAGAAUUAAAGGGAGAAGGGAGUAAAA